AGAGUCGUCAUGCCCAUUCAAACUGAGGGGGCACGUGCCCCCUUGGUUUUUUGAGCCAAAUGGAUUUUGCAUGCAACCUGAAAAUUAAACAAGCGUCCAUCAAUCGGUAACUUGUCUUUUAAUCUGUUUAAUAUGCACAAUAUUAUUAAUUAUGUGCUGCAUCCUUGUCACUUUUCAGAGAUUUUGUCGUUAUGAUAGUGUUUUGAACAUGUUACAUUACUUUCUGGCGGCAGGCGCUGCAGUCAGAGCAGACGUCAUCAGCGUGAGCGCGCUCACGAGCUUUCAUGUUGCUGCUGCAUUUGGCUAUCUGAGGAAUUAAAACGUGCAACAAACGCUCACAACAUUUCAAACACCAGUACGGGUGGGGGAGUUUAUGGAAAUAUAUGUCAAGUAAUACCUUAGUGUGAUCCAAGAGUUUCUAAAAAACCUGACUGCUUCCAGACCACCGACAGAAAAACACACACACCCUGCUACGGCCACAACCUGCAUGCUGCAAGUUCAUUUCAACGAUGCGAGGAGCAGUGACAGUAUGUUUGGGGCUUGUGUGUAUUAUUGCCCUGCUGGCUGAACAAGCAGAGGGUCACAUCACAUUUUUCAGCCUCAAAGAGAUGAGAGAGCUUAAGGAGAAGGAAAGCAAAAAGGACGCUGAUCUACGGGCAGAGAGCAGUUUGAUUGAUGAAGUAUCUCCAAAAGAUGCUGGAGGAGAGACAGUGGGUCAAAGUGUUGAAACUGGUUUGAAACUCAAUGCCCAAAAGAAUCAGAUUGGGUCUGCUUUCAGUAAGAUGCUGCAAAUCAUCUUAGAAGAAGCAAAGACCGAGAAAUAAGACAUUUUAUCCACAUUGAACGACAAUUGCAGCCUGACGAUUUGCCACGAUUGCAAGCACAAAUGUUUUAAUUACUAAUGCAAAGACAAUCGCAAUAAAAUGAAAUUGCAUGCACUCGUAGUUUCUUGUCAUCCAUUGUUUUGUUAGCCUCACAUUAGUUUUGCCAUUAAUCUGAAUUAUAUUUCUUAUUUCUUGCAGCAUCUGCUUCUUUUUAAUUCAAAGUCUUUAUAGCCUUGCUUAAUGUAACAAAGUAAAAACCCUUUGGCUAUUGUGUUUGUUCACAUAUCAUGGCAUGAGAAUUUAAACUCAAAACACAGAAUGUGUGCUUUUGUAGUAAAUGGAUGCCGCAAAAUGAGCCACAUGCUCAGAAAAUUGUAUUACAGUUUAUGCUGUUACUAUAUCAAUAAAUGUGUCAUGUAAAAUACCAAACGUUUUUGGUAAACACAUCUUCACAAUGCAGAUGUUGAGCACAUGUUUUUGUGUCAGGUUUAGUUUAGCACUUUGGUUGUAAAGUAUCAAAUAUAUGUCCAUAUUUUAGGAUAUUUGUUAUUGCAUAAGCCUGCUUGAUAUUUUUAAACCCAUAACAAUUGAUAGACUGCAUUGUUAAAACCUUUAGAUGUGAUGAAACAUAUCAAAGUAGCAUUUUUGC